ACUGACGUCACGGCCCAUGCCAUCUGCUUAUUUGUCGACUUUCAGGCCGACAUUCACAGUAGAUCGUCUGGCCAGCGGACAGUGAAGGUUACCUGCUUCAACAGUGCUUGAACGGCAACCUUUCAACUGUCUUGAAAUAAUCCUACCAUCGACAACACCUAAUCAAAUUUUAAUUAUUAUUACAGCAUCAGCUAACGCUAGCUUAUUCGUCGUAAACAUUCCUAGCUCUCUAGCUAGCUCUAACUGUUUUGCUAACGACGCAAGCGACUCGAGCAGUUUUUCGUCAUCCUCACAAGAAGACCCGCCAACAAGAUUUGAACAAUGAGUUCACAGGUGAGACAGAACUUCCACCAGGACUGCGAGGCUGCAAUCAACAGGCAGAUCAACCUGGAGCUGUAUGCCUCCUACGUCUACCUGUCCAUGGCAUAUUACUUUGAUCGGGAUGAUCAGGCAUUGAACAACUUUGCCAAGUUCUUCCGUCAUCAGUCACAUGAGGAGCGCGAGCAUGCUGAGAAGCUAAUGAAACUGCAGAACCAGAGGGGAGGAAGGAUAUUCCUACAAGAUGUCAGGAAGCCAGAGAGGGACGAGUGGGGCAGCGGUACUGAGGCCCUUGAAUGUGCCCUGCAGCUUGAGAAGAGUGUGAACCAGUCCCUGCUGGACUUGCACAAGCUCUGCUCUGAUCACAAUGACCCACAUAUGUGUGAUUUCAUUGAGACACACUACCUAGAUGAGCAGGUGAAGUCCAUCAAAGAACUGGCAGACUGGGUGACCAACUUGCGCCGCAUGGGAGCUCCUCAGAACGGCAUGGCCGAGUACCUGUUUGACAAGCACACCCUGGGCAAAGAAAGCAGCUAAAUUCCUGCAGAUCACACUUACAAAUGCUUUCUACAUAUGUAUAUUUGUAUCCUGCUUCUAAAUGUUUUUGGCAUAUGAGGCAAUCUGCAUGAUACUAGCUAGUCAGUUGAAACUCUUACAUCACAGCAUGUUAAUUUUUAUUCUCACUACAUUACAGUUGCUUGUAUAACCCCCCUUGCUGUAUUUUGCAUUUCUCUCUCUUCUGUCAAUGCCUCGGCCAUUACUAUGUGUUUGCCCUGUUUUAUGCCAGGAUGUGCUCAUCAAAACAAAUAAAACAAACCCUCUGGAUUCUGA